AUGACCGACUCUGAAUCACCCAAGGCAUCUUCUGCCGUCGACAUGCGCGAGCAUGUUGAUGAAGCAUUUCAAACUAUACAGCCCCCCCAGGCUCACUUUGAUGCAGAUGCUGAAAGUCGCCUUCGUAAGAAGAUCGACCUGAUGAUUCUGCCCAUUGUCAGCAUUCUCUACCUAUUCUGCUUUAUCGAUCGUUCAAAUAUCGGAAAUGCUCGUCUUGCUGGUUUCGAGGCAGACUUGGGUAUGGAGAGGAUCGACUACAAUGCCACCCUUUCCAUCUUCUACAUCUCGUACAUCUUAUUCGAAAUCCCUUCCAAUAUUCUUUGCAAGAUCGUCGGGCCUGGAUGGUUCUUACCGAUUUUAACCAUCCUUUUCGGUGGCUGCUCUGUGGCGAAUGGCUUUGUGAAGAACGUACCACAGGCCAUGGCGGUUCGCUUCCUACUCGGCAUCUUUGAGGCCGGAAUGCUACCUGGCAUUGCAUACUAUCUUUCUCGUUGGUAUCGAGCCUCCGAGCUAGUUUUCCGAAUCGCUUGUUAUAUCGUAACAGCCGCUUUAGCUGGGGCAUUUGGCGCUCUCCUCGCCUCGGCUAUUCUCACUAUGGAUAGCUUCGGAUCUCUGCAUACUUGGCGGAUGAUAUUUGCCAUUGAGGGCAUGAUCACGAUGGGGCUUGGUAUAAUUGCUCUGUUUAUCUUAACAGACAGCCCUGCUACAGCUCGCUGGCUUACACCAGAAGAGAAGAAAUUUGCAGAGGCUCGUCUGCGGUCUGAGCGAGUGGGCCAAUCGGAGGUUCUUGACCGAAUCGACAAGAAGAAGAUCCUCAGAGGCAUUGUCAACCCAGUCACGAUUGCAACCUCAGUGGCAUUUUUGUUCAACAACAUCACUGUUCAGGGGCUCAGCGUAUUUGCUCCAACAAUUGUGCGGACUAUCUAUAGCGAUAGAACUGUGGUUCAGCAACAACUUUACACAGCUCCGCCGUACCUUGUUGGGGCAUUCUUUACGCUACUUGUGCCUUACUUCAGCUGGCGACUUGACAAAAGACAGAUCUUUUUGGCAUUGUGUCCGACACUGACGGCUAUUGGCUAUAUCAUGUUCCUCGCAUCGACGGACUUGACGGUUCGGUACGCAGCCUUCUUCCUCGUGGCUGCCAUGAUAUUUGUUUAUGCCCCCUUGUCGAAUGGACAGGUUUCUGCUAAUGUUGUUUCUGAUACCGCUCGAUCAUCUGCGAUUGGAUGGAAUGUGAUGAUUGGGAACAUCGGUGGACUCAUUUCAACGUGGGCGUUUCUCCCAUUCGACGGCCCUAACUAUCCUAUCGGUAACGGGAUAAACCUUGCCGCGCAGGUAGUCAUCAUGGUUACUAUGUACUUGACUUUGUUGUGGAUGAAGCGAGAUAAUCUAUCCAGAGAUGAGAAACAAGCGGAGGCGGAGAUUGCUUUAAGCAAUGUAACAGCUGAGGAUAUUGCGGGCUUAGAUUGGAAGCACCCACUUUUUCGGUGGAGGGUAUAG